UUUAUUUAUUUAUUUUGCGGCCACAAAGGGGGUUGGCGGGUACACAACAACCUGCUUUUUUUGGUCCCACACCUUUUUCUCCGAUGGCGGCUCCUGCUCCUCCAUGGACCAUGGCCAAAACCUGCCCGCCACUUAUGCCCGUUCAUUGAGUCUCUCGUCUCACAAUUUUGUGCCGUUUCAUGGCGGCUGCUUCUUCAAACUGUCGCGCUCCACUGCGGGAUUACACACGUUUAUUUCCUGAGUUGUUCUCUUGUGCUCGAGGAAUCAAGGGAAGGGCAGAGAAGGUUCGAUUUCAGUUCCAGCUAAAGCCCGGAACUUUGAGUGCUUUUACCGCCAGCAGGGGUAGGGAAGGGGUUUUGGCGAAUUGCAAUGGGAAGAGUAGUGGCAGCGUUGAAGAGAUGUACAAUUCUGUUGAGGACAAGCUGUUUGUGAAAUGGUUCCGCGAGGCCUGGCCGUACUUGUGGGCUCACAGAGAGGGCACCUUCGUUGUCAUUAUCUCUGGUGAAAUCGUCUCUAGCCCCUUCUUGGAUCCCAUUUUGAAGGAUUUAGCUUUCCUUCAUCAUCUGGGAAUCAGAUUUGUGAUUGUACCAGGCACCCAUGUCCAAAUUGACAAGCUUUUAGCUGAGAGAGGAAACGAAUCGAAGUAUGUUGGUCGGUACAGGAUCACCGACUCUGAAGCUCUAGCUGCAGCGAUGGAAGCAGCUGGAAGAAUCCGUAUCAUGAUGGAAGCAAAACUCUCGCCUGGGCCUUCUAUAUGCAAUAUACGUCGACAUGGUGACAAUAGUCGUUGGCACGACGUUGGUGUCAGUGUUGCUAGUGGUAACUUCCUUGCAGCCAAGAAAAGAGGAGUUGUUAAGGGCAUUGAUUUUGGGGCAACUGGUGAAGUCAAGAAAGUAGACGUUUCUCGCAUGCGUGAGAGGCUUGAUGGAGGUUGUAUUGUUAUCUUAAGCAACCUGGGCUAUUCGAGUUCUGGAGAAGUAUUAAACUGCAAUACGUAUGAGGUUGCUACAGCUUGCGCCUUAGCUAUUGGAGCAGAUAAGCUUAUUUGCAUCAUGGAUGGUCCAAUUCUAGAUGAAUAUGGACGCCUUAUUCGUUUUUUGACACUUCAGGAGGCAGACACGCUGGUUCGUGAGAGGGCUAAGCAAAGUGAGAUAGCUGCUCAUUAUGUGAAAGCAGUUGGUAAAGAAGAUCCAACAUGUCUUGAACAUAGUGAUUCUGUCAACAUUGUAGACAACAAUUCCAAUGGAAUUGUUCCUUUAUCACAAAAUGGAAAAGCAAUUCUUGAUGGGCACAAGGUGACAUUUCAAAAUGGUGUUGGUUUUGAUGAUAGGAAUGGACUAUGGUCAGGCGAACAGGGCUUUGCUAUUGGAGGUCAAGAGCGGCAAAGUAGAAAAAAUGGUUAUCUUUCCGAAUUGGCGGCCGCAGCUUUUGUUUGUAGGGGUGGUGUUCAAAGAGUGCAUUUGUUAGAUGGCACUAUUGGUGGUGUUUUAUUAUUGGAACUGUUUAAGAGGGAUGGAAUGGGAACAAUGGUGGCUAGUGAUCUUUAUGAAGGAACUCGGAUGGCUACGGCAACAGAUUUCUCUGGAAUAAGACAAAUUUUACAACCUCUGGAAGAAUCUGGUGUUCUGAUCCGAAGAACUGAUGAAGAGUUACUUCGAUCACUGGAUUAUUUCAUUGUUGUGGAAAGAGAAGGUCAGAUCCUUGCUUGUUCUGCUCUUUUUCCUUUCUUUGAGGAGAAGUGUGGAGAGGUUGCUGCUAUUGCAGUUUCUCCUGACUGCCGUGGACAGGGAAAUGGAGAUAAAUUGCUUGAUUACAUUGAGAAGAAGGCCUCCUCCCUUGGAUUGGAGAUGCUUUUCCUGCUUACCACCCGUACCGCGGACUGGUUUAGUAAACGCGGAUUCUCUGAAUGUUCAAUUGAGUUGAUACCAGAGAAGCGGCGGAAGAAUAUCAAUCUCUCACGUAGAUCCAAAUACUAUAUGAAGAAACUGCAGCCUGAUGCAAGUGGAAUUACUGUCUAUAAAGAAGCUGCAGUCUAAGGCAAGUCGAAUUAGAAUUAAUGUUUAUAGGGCACAACAUUACCUCUUUCAGAGAAUAAUUGAGCAAGAGUAGAGCAAGUAUAUGGAGAAAGUUCUAAUUUAUUUGGUGCUCACCUUUGUCAAACUUCAUACUUCAUAUGGAAGUAAGGUCUCAUCAGGUCAAGUUGGGUCAAUUCCCAACACUUAAAGGUCCGAUCUUGGAGCCCUAGAAGUUCCUUAAAUAAUAGUACUAGAAUGGGUGAAGUAUCAAAAUGGUUCCUGUAUUUUCGAACAAGGGUUGAUUAAGUCUUUGUACUUUUUUUUUUUUUUGGAAUAAACAAGUCCUUGUACUUUUGAAGUUUAGGCUAGACAAGCCCUUGUAAAGACAUUCCACGUCUAACACUAGGUUGCGGUUUUGUAAGUUUAAAAACCAA